UAUUUGUCAAAGCAAAAGAGGUGGGAAUGAUGAGCGAAGGUUAUGUGUGGAUCUUGACUAAUGGAAUCACUGACCAAUUGAGUUCUCUGGAUUCAUCUGUCGUCACUAGUUCGAUGCAAGGAGUAUUGGGCAUCAACGCUUACAUCCCGAACACACCAAACCUGAACAACUUCACGGCCCGAUGGAAGAUGAAAUUCCAACAAGACAAUCCAUCCGUCCUUAAUCCUACGUUGAACAUUUUUGGAUACUGGGCUUAUGACGCUGCUCAGGCUCUGGCAAUGGCUGUCGAGGAAAUGGGUGUGGCUAAUUUUACCUUCCAGAUGUUUGAUGCUUCAAUAGAUACAACAGAUCUCGACAUUAUUGGGGUCUCUAAAAGUGGUCCGAAACUUCUCCAAGAACUAGCCAGUACGACAUUCACGGGCCUCACUGGAAAUUUUAGACUCGUUCAUGGGCAGCUAGAGUGGUCAACAUUCCAGAUUGUUAAUAUCAAUGGACAUGCAGCAAGAGAGAUUGGGUUUUGGACGCAAGAAAAUGGGCUGCGAAGAGAUUUGUAUUCAUUCAGCAAAAGUAAAUAUUCCACUUCGAAGAGUAAUCUCGGAUCGAUAAUAUGGCCAGGAGAUUCCACCUCUAUUCCUAAGGGAUGGGACACUCCCACAAAUGGGAAGAGGCUGAAAAUUUUAGUCCCUGUGAGGGAUGGUUUCAAUCAAUUUGUGCAAGUGACUAAUGAUCUUAGCACAAAUACAUCCAAAGUCACUAGAUACUGUAUUGACAUCUUUCAAACCAUUAUAGAAAAAUUGCCUUAUGUUGUGGCUUAUGACCUUAUUCCGUUUGCCUUUUCCAAUGGAAGUAGCAUGGGCAGUUACAACGACAUGAUCGAUCAAGUAAUUUACCAGAAUUACGAUGGAAUCGUGGGUGAUAUAUCAAUCACUGCAAACAGAUCACUAUACGUGGACUUCACGGCACCAUACACCGAACCGGGGGUCGCAAUGGUUGUGCCAUACAAGGACAGCAAGGGCAAGAAUGCUUGGGUUUUCUUGAAGCCACUCACUUGGGACCUUUGGUUAACAAUCGGAUGCUUCUUUGUGUUUAUAGCAUUCGUCGUGUGGAUUCUUGAGCACCAAAUUAAUGAAGAUUUCCAGGGUCCGGCUGGGCAUCAAGUUGGCACGAGCUUUUGGUUCUCGUUUUCAAUCAUGGUCUUUGCACAAAGUAAUCACCCUUCACUUUAAAAAAUCAAUUGAACAUUGUAAUCUACAUAUCAUUCUUGGAUAAUUUAGGUGCUUUCCCUUAAUUUGGA